AGCGCCACAGAUGCGCGCUCCUCUUUUUUUCUGCGCGCUGCCCGAGCGACUACGUAUAGAGCAUGCGCCAUAGAGCACCGCCAGCGGUCACCGGCCCGAAAACGCAAUAGGAAACAAAACGCAAUUAAACAAACAGCUUUUUCUGGAUCCUGGGAAGUUAACCUACAAAGAUGAGCUCAGGAAAAGACAACUUGCGGCUAAAGAGCUAUAAAAACAAGUCUCUAAAUGCAGAUGAGAUGCGGCGUAGAAGAGAAGAGGAAGGCCUGCAACUACGAAAACAAAAAAGAGAAGAGCAGCUGUUUAAAAGGCGAAACGUUGCUACUGCAGGAGUUUCUGGUGUUGGAGAUGAAGAAAUGUCAGAUAUGGGCUCCCAGGAUGUUCAGAUCAAUAACUUGGAUAUGACCUCUGCAGGUAUCAUCACACUUGAAAUGACACAAAUGAUUUUCUCUGAUGAUCCAGAGCAACAGUUACGUGGCACUCAGAAAUUCAGAAAACUACUUUCUAAAGAGCCUAAUCCUCCUAUCGAUGAGGUUAUUUCUGCUCCGGGUGUUGUUGACAGAUUUGUAGAGUUCCUUAGAAGGAGAGAGAACUGCACCCUUCAGUUUGAAGCUGCUUGGGUCCUCACUAAUAUCGCCUCUGGUAACUCUCACCAGACAAAAGUUGUCAUUCAGACAGGGGCUGUACCAAUAUUCAUUGAGCUGCUGUCCUCAGAGUUUGAGGAUGUACAGGAGCAGGCAGUUUGGGCUUUAGGCAACAUUGCAGGAGACAGCACUGUGUGCAGAGACUAUGUCUUGGAGUGCAACAUCCUCUCACCUUUAUUACAGCUACUGUCAAAACAAAGCCGCUUAACGAUGAUGAGGAAUGCUGUAUGGGCUCUUUCCAAUCUGUGCCGAGGUAAAAGCCCACCACCUGACUUCUCCAAGGUUUCUCCAUGUCUUGGCGUUUUGUCCUGGCUAUUGUUUGUUAAUGAUACAGAUGUCCUUGCUGAUGCUUGCUGGGCUUUGUCAUACUUGUCGGAUGGACCCAAUGACAAGAUCCAGACAGUGAUUGAUGCUGGUGUGUGUCGGAGAUUAGUGGAACUUCUUAUGCACAAUGACUAUAAAGUGGUUUCCCCUGCAUUAAGAGCUGUAGGAAACAUUGUGACAGGAGAUGAUAUUCAGACACAGGUUAUUCUAAAUUGCUCAGCCCUGCAGAAUUUAUUACAUUUACUUAGCAGCCCAAAAGAGUCCAUCAAGAAAGAGGCCUGCUGGACCCUAUCAAACAUAACUGCUGGGAACAGAGCUCAGAUUCAGGCUGUAAUUGAUGCAAAUAUUUUCCCAUCCCUCAUACACAUUCUGCAAUCUGCAGAAUUUAGAACAAGGAAAGAGGCUGCAUGGGCUAUCACGAAUGCCACAUCAGGUGGCUCAUCAGAGCAAAUGAGAUAUCUGGUGGAGUUGGGUUGUAUCAAACCCCUUUGCGAUCUACUAACCCUCAUGGAUUCCAAGAUUGUGCAAGUCGCUUUGAAUGGCUUGGAGAACAUCCUGCGGUUUGGGGAGCAAGAGGCUAAGAGAAGUGGAAGCGGCAUUAAUCCCUAUUGUGCACUCAUAGAAGAAGCAUAUGGCCUUGAUAAAAUUGAAUUCCUACAAGGUCACGAGAAUCAGGAAAUUUACCAGAAGGCUUUUGACCUUAUUGAGCAUUACUUUAGCACAGAGGAUGAAGAUGCCAGCAGUGUACCACAGGUGGACCUUGCGCAACAGCAGUACAUCUUCCAGCAGUGUGAAGCUCCCAUGGAUGGCUUCCAGCUAUAAGGACAGGCAUUAACUUCUACCAUCAAUUAACAUAUCCAGUGCUAAUUUUCAGUUUCUAAUUUCCUGAAGGACACCUUGUUCUUGAGCAUUGUUCUAGUGCUUCUCCAAAGAAACUAUUUUUCUAAAGUCUUGACUGAAGGAGCAGAUGUUGGCCACAUCUCCCAUUUGUGUGCACUUAUAUUAUAACCGCAAAUCACUGCAAAGUUUUGAAACUGCGGAACGUCAGGAUGUCCACUUUUACAAAUACCUGAAAUUUUGUUUGACACCAAUGCCAAACAGGUUUCUGAUACUUUGACGCUCCAAAUUUCAUAUCCUACUGAAUGAUUAAACGAACUGCUUAUUCGUCAGAGCCAAUUAACAUGCAUCCAUGCAGUGCGUCUUCUUAGGGUGGUGGCCUGUCCUUGUCUGUAAGUUGAUUUGCUGUGUUUCCCUUAAGUGAACAUUGGAACUGCAACAAUUCAAGCAGGGGAAUGGAUCCUAAUUUUAUUUUACUGUUUGAGAGAACCAGGCGAGAUGAAGAAACAAACUCAUGCUCUGAAAAAGUUUGAUCUGAAUGUUUAUUUUGGUUUUAAAAAGUUCUAUGUGGAGACUCUGUGAUGUCUAGUUUUAUUUUAGCUGUCUUCCCUUGAUGGCUAAUAUAAUGACACAGUAACCCUUGUUCUAUGUAUGCCAUUGAGGCUCUAAAUUUAAGGCAUUUUGGCCUUGGACACUUAUUGGACACAAACCUGAUAUAUUUGUGGUAUGUCUGAAAUGAAGAAAAAAAGUCUUUCCUUCCAUGAUGGAAUCAUUCUAAUUGUAGUUGUCAUUGAAACAGAAAUAUUCCUUUUGAGGGUUGAAAAACAAAAAAGGGUUCAAAGAGUAGAUUAUCUGGGGGUUCUUGUAAAUUGUACAGAUGGUCAUAAAGUAGUAUGCAUUGUUGUAUUUUAUUUUUUAUUGGGUGGUUAAUCAGGCUUUAUACUGAUCUUUUUGUUUGGUUUUCAAUGUUCUGUUUAUUGAAGAAAGGUUCUCUGUAAGUGGCAGUAUCUGAAUUGUAAGAAUAAUUUCAGUGGAUACUCGGAUAUCUCUGUGCUUCCUGGGGCAGGAGCAUUAGUGUAAACGUAGGUAAAAAUCAACAAGAUAAUGACAAUUUACCUAGUUAGCAAAUUCAUUUUGAACUGUCUGGUCACUACACGUAAGUCUGUAUUCCAUCUGAACUGACCAGUCACUACAAGUAUGGCUGUAUUCCAUCUGAUUUUACCUGUGACUGCUGGUACUGUCUGAAUUCUUGCUAACCAGACGUGCCAGUGCUGUCACAGCCAAACAAGUAAAAUGACUGAAACCUC